AUGUUCGUUGUGGUCCCUGCUGCACCUCCUGCUGUGCCUCCUGCUGUGGCCCCUACUGUGGACCCUGCUGCACCUCCUGCUGUGGCCCCUACUGUGGCUCCUGCUGUGGCUCCUGCUGCACCUCCUGCUGUGGCUCCUGCUGCGCCUCCUGCUGUGGCUCCUGCUGUGGCCCCUACUGUGGCCCGUGCUGUGCCUCCUGCUGUGCCUCCUGCUGUGGCCCCUACUGUGGCCCAUGCUGUGCCUCCUGCUAUGGCCCCUGCUGUGCCUCCUGCUGUGGCCCCUACUGUGGCCCGUGCUGCGCCUCCUGCUGUGGCUCCUGCUGUGGCUCCUGCUGUGGCUCCUACUGUGGCCUGUGCUGUGCCUCCUGCUGUGGCCCCUACUGUGGCCCGUGCUGUGGCUCCUGCUGUGGCUCCUGCUGUGACCCGUGCUGUGGCUCCUGCUGUGGCCCGUGCUGUGCCUCCUGUUGUGGCCCCUGCUGCGCCUCCUGCUGUGGCCCCUGCUGCGCCUCCUGCUGUGGCUCCUGCUGUGGCCCCUGCUGUGGCCCCUGCUGUGCCUCCUGCUGUGCCUCCUGCUGUGGCCCGUGCUGUGCCUCCUGCUGUGCCUCCUGCUGUGGCCCCUACUGUGGCCCGUGCUGUGCCUCCUGCUGUGGCUUCUGUUGUGGCCCCUGCUGUGCCUCCUGCUGUGACUCCUGCUGUGGCCCCUACUGUGGCCCCUGCUGCGCCUCCUGCUGUGGCUCCUGCUGUGCCUCCUGCUGUGGCCCGUGCUGUGGCCCAUGCUGUGCCUCCUGCUAUGGCACCUGCUGCGCCUCCUGCUAUGGCCCCUGCUGCGCCUCCUGCUGUGGCUCCUGCUGCGGCUCCUGCUGUGGCCCGUGCUGUGCCUCCUGCUGUGCCUCCUGCUGUGGCCCCUACUGUGGCCCGUGCUGUGCCUCCUGCUGUGCCUCCUGCUGUGGCCCCUACUGUGGCCCGUGCUGUGCCUCCUGUUGUGGCCCCUGUGUUCAACACAUGCUUGUUGUUUUGA